GUCUUAUUCUCAGAUGUCAAAUCUCACUUGAAUGAUUACAUGUCUUAUGUUCAGAAUAACCCAACUUUUAGUUUUCCAACUGAACUGAUCAACUAUUUCACUGCAAUCACUACUUAUACUGAUGAUUCAUACACUACUUUAUUAUCUGAUUUUCCAGCUUCACAGAUUGCAACUUUAGCUAGUGAAUUACCAUGGUACUCAUCAAGACUGGAAACCAAAUUAGAAUCAGCUUUCACAGCUGAUGGGCUA